AUGCCGCUGGAGCGUCGGGGUGGACUCGGCGUGCAGCCAGUGGCGGCUCUGGCUGGGAUGUUCCUGGAGCACAAGGAUGGUCUCUGCUCAGAGCAGCUCAUUGCUGCGGUGCUGGACCUGCCCUCAGCGCCUCACAUCGCACCCACCGGUGAAUGUGCCCAGGGUGAGGGCUGCUCCCCCCGAAGGAUCGACACGGGGGAGCCUUUACAGUGCUGCUGUGAUGCAGGGGACCUUAUGGCUUCUGUUUCCAAAGAUGCUCUGAGGUCUUCAGUGUGCAAAUACCAUCCUUUCAGCGAUGCUAUUUCCAACGUAGGGUUAGCAAAGGGAGGGCAGCCGUGCCGUGACAGUGACGCUGGCCCCGCUCAGGUCUUGCUCAGUGCCGUGGCCCCCAGCACAACUGGUUUUCAGCUUCUCUUUCUCCUUGCAGGAGUCCUGUGCAACUGCAGCGCCGUGGGGAGCAUCAGCACGGCAGAAUGUAACGGCACGACGGGGCAGUGCCCCUGCCUCGAUGGCUAUGUGGGGCUGCGGUGUGAGAGCUGUGCCCAGGGCUUCUACCCGGAGCAGAGGAGCCAGCGGUGCCACCCCUGCGGCUGCAGCCCCGCCGGCUCCAGCAGCGCCCAGUGUGAUGACUCUGGGCAAUGCCAGUGUAAAGUUGGUGUCAUGGGCCUGAAGUGUGACCAGUGCAGUGAGGGAUACUACAGGUUCAAUGAAACCACCUGCGAGCCGUGCCAGUGCAACAACCACUCCAAAAUCUGCGACAGCUUAACAGGCACCUGCCAGCACUGCCAGGACAACACUGAGGGAAGCCACUGCGAGCUCUGCAAGGAGGGUUUCUACAGAAGCACCCUCCUUGCCCACGCCUGCCAUCGCUGCCCAUGCUCCACCGUGGCAUCGACUGGCACCUGCCGAAUACAGCCUGGCGAAACCACCCCAAGGUGUGACAAAUGCAAAACGGGGUACACUGGCCCCAACUGCAACCAGUGCGACAACGGCUACUACAACUCCGACAGCAUCUGUGUAAGAUGUAAUUGCAACGGGAACGUGGACCCAGCGCAAUCCCCCAGCGUGUGCAGGCCAGAGAGCGGGGAGUGCAUCGGCUGCCUGUACCACACCGCCGGGUUCCACUGCGAGGAGUGUGAGGAGGGCUACGUCCGAGACCCCGAGGGGACCAACUGCACCAAGAAAGAAGCCACUCUUGGCCCAGAAACAAGGGAGUUUACAACUUCUGCUCCAAAUGCCAGCAAGGAAACAUCAUUUUCAACAGCAGUGAUAAACAGUACCUUGUCACCAACAACUAUACAGACUAUAUUUCCUUUAAGUUCCUCUGACAAUAGUACCUCUGCUUUUGCAGAUGUUUCAUGGACUCAGUUUAACAUAAUUAUUUUGACAGUUAUCAUCAUUGUUGUGGUCCUACUAAUGGGCUUUGUGGGUGCUGUCUACAUGUACCGUGAGUAUCAAAACAGAAAACUUAACGCUCCUUUUUGGACCAUUGAACUCAAAGAGGACAACAUCAGUUUUAGCAGCUACCAUGACAGCAUACCCAACGCUGAUGUUUCGGGGCUGUUGGAAGAUGAUGGGAAUGAAGUCGCACCGAAUGGACAGCUAACACUGACAACUCCCAUGCAUAAUUAUAAAGCUUAGAAGAAGUCAUCCAGCUAUUCCAAAGUUGGCUUAAGAAAGUUACGGGGCUCGCUGAAGGAGUAUCAAGAUCCGUGCCAAGGCUCCACGCAGAGGAAUUUGCUCUUCAGACACUCUUACGCUGGGCAUGCUGUAGUUUGCAGGUGAACAGAAAAAAGUGUAGUACAUCCGAGUAUCAGGUAAUAUGGUGAAAUGUAUCCAGUGUCCUGUUGUCCAUAAAGAUCCAUAGAAUUCACUGUUAAGGACUUGAUUAUGCUGAUCUGAAAAUAUUCUUUUUUUUAAACGAAGAGGUUGUGGGGUGGAGAAUGAAGUACCCCGUGAUUAAUCAGAAGCUACUUGAUUUCCAACCAACCUAUGUCUGCAUCCUUUAGUUUGAAAAGUAGCUCAUGAAUUAACAGUGGAUUUUCAGGAGAUAGACCUCUGUAAAGGCUUCAUAUUAGUUCCUGAUACAAAUUUGUUUGAAAAGGAGGACAAAAAAAGGGAAAUCGUUGACUGUACUACCAAAAGGCAAGUAGAGGAGUGAGUUGCACACUUGAAAAAAGUCACCAUUAUCAGUUUCCACUAAGCAGGAAAACAAAUUCAUUAAAAUAUUGGACUUAUGGAAAAGACUAAGCUUUUCCCUUUCUGAGUAUUUAUACAGGGUGAUGAUGCUAUUAACACAUAGCAAUCCAUUUUUGUUUUUUCUAGAAGGAGUUAAUGAACUUGUAUAGUUUCUGUGCAAGGGAAGACGACAAGACAUCUCAGGGUUGCCGUGUACAAAUAAAAGCUAGGCUUAAUACCCUACCCUGAUAGAAAUGGUGUGUUCUGUAUAUAAAAUGUAAUAUAUCUUCUUGGAAUUGUAUUUGUAAUUAUUUGUAAAAAAGACAACCAACCAACCAAAAAAACCCCAACAACAAAACCAUGAGCCCAUCUCCAACCUCCCCUAUUCCCCAAGUCAUAUUUUAUCAUCUAGAUUUUAAUUGUACAGCGGUUAGUGGCGUUGUUUAAAAAGAAAAAAUGAGGAUUGUUUAAAAUACUGUAAAUUAGAUGGCAAUAUUGUUGGAGCUGGGACUCUGGCAAACACCGACUGCUUAAAGCUUUUCUUCUAGUGUCAUUGAAUAACUUUCUUUUUUAGAGAAAAUGUGAGUGCUCCCUACUUGCAUCUGUCAAAUUUUUCCAUUCCUUUAAAUAGAAAGUGAAUACCAGUGUCACCAUGACUAGGCCCUAGUAGGUGUCAAAAAGUCGGAUGUACCAUUCUGUUACUUGCUUUUAAAUCUUUAUACAAAACGCAAAUACACUGUCAUGAAUGCAUUGAGAGCCUGAUCUCGAUGGCCGAGCUCUUCCGAAGCGGCUGCUCAUCAUGUGAGUGGAUCUCGCUGCCAUCUCCCCCGUGCUGAUAUGGUGACAGGGCGGGGGGGUGUGUGUGUGCCAGAGGGCUGACUGCAGCCUCCUGGCCUCUUGAAGGGCAAAAGCAAAAAUCUCCUGGAUUUGGGUGGAAAUGGCUUUCAGCCGAAGAGUUGCAGGAGCCAAUCUGUGCUUCUAAGCUUAAAAGCUAAAAGUGCAUGGAUGCUUUCAGGAAAUUUUAUGUAGCACAAGGUGGUGGUGGUGAAUCAUCUGUCAAAAAAACCUACAGGGGUCUUUAGGUUUUACAGAUUCCCCUGAUUUUUUUUGGAGUCUGGCAGACUAUUAGCAGAGGGAUAACAACUAAUGGGCAGCACAGCACGGGGAGACUGCAGCAUGGAGCUCCUCACUUGGUACCUGCAGUGUGCACAUGUGCUUUGAGGCAGGCACCGUGCCCUCCCUGUGCCGGGGAGCCGCCAGGUCUGACCCGUGAAAAUCAAUACCAUUACUUUUAAGCAGGGCGUGAAACACAUAUUUCACCUAACUAAUGACCAACCUCAGAACUAAAGCUGCAUUGACAUGCAUGUUGGUGCUUUGCAAGGGAUUGAUGCUGAGGAUAAAUGAAGUACCUGCUAAAGGUCAGCAGGAGCUGACUGAUGCAUCCUCAGAGCCAGGCAAAAGGAAAUAUUUCUCAAGAUGAGAAAUGGUAGGAAGAAUGUGGUGAUUAUUUAUUUGCUUUCUGGUGCUGCAUGGAGGCUUUUCUUACCAUUGGAGACUGGGGAGGGGGGAAUAGGUGCUUCAAACACAUGCACAAAGAUGCCAUUUCUGCCUCAAAAACUUGCUGCCUGAUUUAAAGAUGGGGCAUGGCAAGUAAGAAGGAAAAGACUUGAGGGAUGACCAAGGAAAACCAGUGCGGCAGAAUGAGGUAUUGCGUAUAGGCCUGAGCUGAUGGAAAGCUCCCGUCGCCUGCUAUGGGCCUGCGUGAGGCCCUGUGGUUUAGGCAAUAAAUUUGGCUGAUGUCAUUCAAAGCAAUGUUACUUUUAGUUAUAAAACGGAGGAGGACUGGAGGAGAAAAUCUGGAUAUUGCUAAUCCUUGAGUUACUCAUCAAACUUUUACAGAGCAGAGUGGUGACAAAAAAAAAUAGAAAGUUUGCUAAAAAUUGUAACUAUUUAGCAGUGCUGAUUUAGCGAUACGCUUGCACUUGGUCACUUCAUAGGGUGGGGAAAGGUAAUUUAGGAAGUGUUAGCUUCUGGGACUAAUGCUAGCAGGCAAAGUGAAGGACAGAUUGUUCACUUUAAUGUUUCAAAAAUAUUUUUAGGAGAUCUUUUAAUCUUUGCCACAAAAAAACCUCUUCCGAAAAUCUUUGUAUGACUGUAGGCUACUGUGUAACAGGAACAGGCUUUGAUUUUUUUUUCUCUCUGUACAAAUAAUGACUGUCUGCAAAACCAGGGCGAGUUCAGAUGCUGAACCCUCCUAAUCCACAGCACAGGAGGUGUUUGCAUCUGCACUGCUUCUGACCUCCAAAUUGCUCUAAUUGCCUUGGGUUUGAAAAGAGGAAGAGGUCAGGCUGCCCUACAGUCAGCCUGCAAAGGAGGACGGACCAGCUAUGCUGGGGUCUGUGGGUUGCACGUCUGGCCCCCGCAGAUGUGAUGUGAAGCUUGGUUGGGCAGAGGGGACCAGGCUGCCCGGGUUUGGACAGCAGAAGAAAGCACAGGAUGUUCUUCAGCAAGGAAGUGGCACUGGGACAAUGCUUGUCAGGUGGCAGAAUAACUCGGCAGGAAAAUACCAGCCGUCUCCAGCCAGCCAGGACUUUGGCACAGAGGAACAACCUUUAUAAAAGGAGGUCAAUGCCUCAGCAAAGAAAGAAUAAACAGCUUCGUGUUUGACUUUAGUGAUGUGAGAUUAGAUCUUCCUUGUGCUCUCCAUCAAUCAUGCAGCUGUUCCCUGGGCACCACAGGAGGUGAGGAAGAAGCUGAGCUAGUUAUAGCUCCAAUUGCCUUAGGCUGGCCCCCCUGUAUUUUGAGGGGGUAGAGAGCUCAAACAUCUGUGCCAGGGUACUAAAGGCCGCCAGGACCACUGACCUGCCACGUGUUACAACUUGUCAUGACACUUCCCAGAUGCUGAGGUUUGCCUAACGCCACGCUGGGGUAUGGGCAGUUAAACCAGAAACGGACUUACAGGCCUGCAUUGAGGCCCAGCUGGGAAGCUAGCAAGACAAGGUGGGGGGCAUCCAGGUGACUUCUAGGGCUGAUGUGGCAGUACUGGUACCUGUAGUAUUCCUGAAGGGCCACCAUGCAUCAGCUUCUAACUGGGCGUGCUGCCGUGUGGCUGCAACAGGGAAAGGCAGCCGCUGGCACGGUACAGUAGCUGUAGAGCAGAGAGAAGGUACGACAAGGCAGGUGAGGGUUGGGUGAAUGUGGGAAGCCAGCUCUCAAGGCACAAUCCUCAAGGUCGUGAGGGCCCUGUGGACCCAGCUGGUCUGGAUGGGGUGAGUUCAGUUCCAUAGUCACGUAACUGAAAGCGAGAGGAUAUAAUGGAGCAGAUAAAGGGCAAAAAGCAAUGAUGUGUCAAAGGCAUGGGGCAGCCUGGAUGGGUCACAAGUUAGGAGAGCGUUUGGUGAGCACAGAGUGCAACAGACAUGCAAAAAAGUGGUUGGGUUAAUGUGAAUGAUGAUCUUGAAUCUUAUGAACCGCUGUAGCUAGAAAUAACUGCAUGGAGCACGAGCCCUGGGGAGCUGUCAGAUGUCAUCCAUUGGAAUGAUAAUUCCCUUGGACCGGGCUGAGCAAACUUAGCACGCUGGAAGCCAUUUCUGAAAGAGGAAGGGAUGUAUUCAGCAUCCUUCAGGUACCCUGGGCCAGUUAACUGCUGCUAUACGGCAUCUUUAACUCAAAUGUUACAUGCAAUGUAAAUGUGGCAGAAAGUUUGCACAGUCUCCUUUAAAUAAAGGAUAUAAGAUUGAAUCCUAAAAAUACAUUUCUCUUUAAAGUGAAGUUUAAAAAUGAGCUCCCACAGGACUCUGCUCUUCAUAUGUCAGAGGAAAGGAUUAAAAUAAGAAAAAUGUGGGCCUUAAAAGUUGUACUUGCUCCCAACUGAAACCCAUCAGUCUUACUACACAUCCAAAUAAGGAGUCUCCUAAGCAUAUGCUAUGCUUACAAAUGCAUUUCUAAAAAAAAAAAAAAAAGUGUAUGAUUUGAAUAUAUGUCAGAAUUUAUACAGAAGAAUGUUAUUUAAAAUGAAUAAAAAUAAAUGUAUAUAAUUUGUAUCUAU